GGUCUCAUACCCUCCUCCUUGCCCUUUUGCCUUCUCUGUGACAUUAGUUUGGUAAAAGCUUCGCUAAGCGUUUUUUGGGGGUGUUGCGCAUGUGGGGGUUGCCUUCUGAGCAAACAUUAGUGACCUUCUCUAGUGCCUGGCUGUUUGCUUUUCAGGGGGUGUGACUGAUGAGACCUGCUCUCUUGUUCAAUCAGAUUGCUGCCGGUCUGUGCCAGCUCGGACCACCCCACUCCUCUUCAACCAGUUGUUUUUAGAUAGCCCAUGUUUCUGAGAUAAGUCUACUUUUGGCCAAAGUGAGCAGAACACUUAGCCCAGAAAUGCUUAUCGCCUUUCUGACAGGCCGAGCACCACACAAAAAUCCUGAUCGCGCAAAAGAUUGGUAUCAGUUCAGCCAUGAGGAAGCAGCGACUGAGAGUAUGUCCUUAUGAUCGCAAGCUGUUGUGUUAGUAGAGUCUAUGGAGUUAACAUUUUUGAAAUGUGGCUUAAGCUAAACCUUCUUACUUUGAAUUUGGCCCUAAUGAGGGGUAUGGGUACAGCUAAUUAUUGCCACGUAGCUGAGAGACAGUCACUUUUUAAGGUGGACUAACUUGAUUCCUUGUGAGUGUUGGUAUAUCCUGAGAGGAAGGCUCAUAGCAGGUUUUUGACAGUGAAAAUGCUGUGAUAUGUUCGCAGAGGGGGGAAAAAAACCCACAACCAAAAUGCUGCUUUCUGACAGGAUAGCUUUCAGACUCAGCAGCUGCCUGUUUGGUUUGUGCACAAACCUUCCGUUCCCAUUUUCGAAGUACUGAAGUUAGGAAGCGAUCCAAGCGCAAGGUCUGGCUGUUACUAUUAGCCUAAGGGCAGAGAAGCACGGUGCUGGAGAAGGAACAAGCAGCGCACAGUGUCAUUAAUGUGUUCCUUCUCUGUUCAAGGAUCUUACCACUACAGCGGCCUCAUCAAUAGUACGCUGCACCAAACGUGAUGUUUUAGAAGCUGAAGAUGUAAUUAUACAGCUGUGUUAAAUAGGAACCGCGUUCUGAAAGACCACGUGCUAGGUGUUGUCACAGUUGAGAUGCUGGAGGGAGCAGACUGCAAAUCUCAUCAAGUAUGGGAAACGUCAUACCAAGGGUGCACAUUUAAGGAGCUUUGUAUGUUCAACGCAUGACAAUUUAAACCCUGUCGUAUUAAUUCCAGCAGAUAAUCGUCACCUUUUCCGCUGUUAGAGAACAAAACGCAUGACUUGCCCAACAGAAGAAAGCAAGCUGCUGAAAGAACCAGCGAGACUUCUAGACCAAGUAACUGAUUUCCCAAGCUUCCUGAUUCAGACUGAGAUGGAAGUACUUCAGGACUUUUGGAAAGGUACAAACGUGUACCUUUCCAUAGCCUGCUGUUUACAGUUUUGUAGGUCUAGUUGUGGUCCAAAGAGUUCUUCCUGGCACAUGGUAGCUGGAUUGUUCUUUACCCAAAAGUCACUUGGGCUUCCUAUCACAGAUGAGCAGAUACAGGAGAUGGAAGCAAAUCUGGACAACAUUGACUUUAAGAUGGCAGCGGAGGAAGAGAAGAAGCUGCGUCACGAUGUGAUGGCCCACGUUCACACCUUUGCCCACUGCUGUCCAAAAGCUGCCGCCAUCAUUCACCUUGGAGCAACUUCCUGUUAUGUAGGGGAUAAUACGGAUCUGAUUGUCCUCCGUGAUGGGUUUAACCUGCUGCUACCCAAGCUCGCAAGGGUGAUCAGCCGGCUGGCCGACUUUGCUGAGAAGUACGCUGACCUGCCUACUUUGGGCUUCACUCACUACCAACCUGCACAGCUCACCACUGUGGGGAAACGCUGCUGCUUGUGGAUUCAGGACUUGUGCAUGGACCUGCAGAACCUGGAGCGGGCUCGGGAUGACCUGCGCUUUCGAGGUGUAAAAGGCACCACUGGCACUCAAGCCAGCUUCCUGCAGCUCUUUGAGGGAGACCAUAGUAAAGUUGAAGAGCUGGACAGAUUAGUGACUGCAAAGGCAGGAUUUAAGCGGGCUUAUAUGGUCACAGGGCAGACCUACAGUCGCAAGGUGGAUAUUGAAGUCCUAUCUGUGCUAGCCAGUCUUGGGUCAUCUAUACACAAGAUCUGUACUGACAUUCGUCUUUUGGCCAACCUGAAGGAGAUAGAGGAGCCUUUUGAGAAAGACCAGAUCGGUUCAAGUGCUAUGCCUUACAAGAGGAAUCCAAUGCGUUCAGAACGCUGCUGCAGCCUGGCGCGACACCUGAUGACUCUGGUGCUGGAUCCCCUCCAAACAGCCUCCGUGCAGUGGUUUGAGCGAACGUUGGAUGACAGUGCCAACAGGCGCGUGUGUCUGGCUGAGGCUUUCCUCACAGCUGACAUCAUUCUGAGUACACUGCAGAAUAUCUCCGAGGGACUUGUGGUAUAUCCAAAGGUGAUUGAGAGGAGGAUCCGGCAGGAGCUGCCAUUCAUGGCCACAGAGAAUAUAAUCAUGGCGAUGGUGAAAGCAGGGGGCAAUCGUCAGGAUUGCCACGAGAAGAUUCGUGUUCUCUCCCAGCAAGCAGCUGCUGUUGUGAAACAGGAAGGGGGCGAUAAUGACUUCAUUGCCCGAGUCCGCGCUGAUCCAUACUUCAGCCCUAUCCAUAAACAACUUGAAAGCCUGUUGGAUCCCUCCUCCUUCACUGGGCGUGCUCCUCAGCAGGUGGCAAAGUUCCUGAAGGAGGAGGUUCGACCAGCGCUGAUUCCAUACCAAAGCAAGAUGGGUGGGAAAAUUGAACUGGCACUUUAGGUGUAUUCUGCAAAGGUGCAGGGGUACAGGCAGAUAAUAAAAGCCUUAUUGAACCAGGUCUGUUUACUGUGCCGUGUUAUUUUGGUUCUCUACACUACAUUUAACCCCCAGAGCUUACAGCCACCUUGAUUCCAGAUGGGCUUUUGGUUCUUUGUCUGCUGUUUAAUCAAGCCUCCAUCUAUUGUGUGCUGAGUUACUGAGAAACGCUUGAUUGUGACAAGGUAACUUAUCUCAGAGCCUUUCACUGGCCCCUUACAGAGCACUGCCAGCUGUUUAAAGAGCAAUGCCAGGCGCUGCCCUGACAUUCAUGUAUGACUCAGUGAAGAGCAGGGGUAAGGGGAACUGAGCCCACUUCCAUUUCCAUCUUAGUCAUCUGUUCUUGAACAUUCUCCACCGGUGUCUCAAAAGAUGCUAAAAGGUUGUCCUGGCUUUCAGAGCACUGUGAUUUGGGGAGCAAAUAGGCCAAAAAAUGAGGAAUAACGAAA